CAAAAGAGCAUGCCGCCCGCGCUCGUUCUGCGCCCGCCAUUCGACCUGCAUCGUCGCAAACGACGCCCACUAAUGUCCCACCGUGCUCAUGCUGUCACUGGCACAUACGAGACUCAUCAGGAAUCGUACACAGCGCUUCGAUCUCGAAUCUGACAAACCCAUCAGCCGGUCCGACACGAUCUGCGCCCGCAAUGCCCGGGCAGGCGUCUGCUAUGGGUGGCCUGCGGACGCUUCGUGCCGUCUGCACACGUCGAUGGCCGCUGCAAGAACGACAUCGGCACCUUGUGCGAGCUCGAAUGCCAACGCCUGCGCACUGACGAAAGCGCCGCACGCGUCCCGGGCCUGGAAUCCCGCCCACGGGAUGGCGACCUCCGGCCAAGCUCCAGCAGCGACCCAGCGAUGUGCCGAGUACCUGCGCGCGCCAUUUAACGAUGAAUCGAUGCAUGGCUGCAUGCACCGUCGUCUGCCCUGCCGCGCGUAGAAAUGCCAUUCGCACACGCUAUAUGCAUCACCUCGGCCGUACGACGACGCCAGCCGCGGGCACACCGCGCCGUCCUCAUGGCCGAGCCGCCGACACGACGUGCCCCCGCGCUUCGACAGCGCCCUCGGGCCACUGGCAAUCGAACCUCAAGUCGUGUACGACCCUCACGGCAUACACCCGCACCAUUUCCGCGCCAUCCGAGGAGAUGGAAAAACUCGUCAUAUUCGCAGGCCCCAGCCCAUACUCUCCCUUCCCGCCACCGCCCCGCGGCCGUCCCGCCUCCUACAGCCCCGAAACUCAGUACGCACACGACGAUACACCCCCACGACCCGCGCCACCGCUCAGAAUGCCCGCGCGCCGCCCCGUUCGCCCCAGACAGCCUGACGCAUCCCCGCCCCACACCAUAUCGUCGCCCUAG